CGUUUCUUUCCCUGACAGUCUUUACUGAGGGAAUUCUAGACCCUGAGCCCACUGCUUUUGCUUCCUGGUCCAUUUCGCUCCUAAUAACAGCACUGUGUGUGCAGUGAGUCUUUAAUGUUGCUUCAAUAUAUUUUUUGAAACAGCCGGGGGAACUAACUUUAUAUCCGAUUGUGAACUUGUGAAGAAGAAACUGCCAGAAAAAAUAACCAGCGAGGCGACUGUAGGUUUGUAUAUAAUGUCAGCUGUCACUAAUACAUUAGAAAAAGUGAAAGCAGUUAUCUUAUCAGCUCAUAAGAGCACCACGUCAGCAGAAAAGGUCAGCUUCUACAACUCCUGGGCAGAGAACUAUGAUCAGGAUGUGGCUGUUCUGGACUACCGUGCACCAAGUCUGGCAGCAAACAGCAUCUCCUGCCAUUUCAGUGGCGAUCGUGACGCAGCUGUUGUGUUGGAUGUGGCCUGUGGUACAGGACUGGUGGCCAAACAGAUGAAGAGACAUGGAUUUGGUCAUUUUGUGGGUAUUGAUGGAAGCGAGGCUAUGUUGGAGCUAGCCAGAGAAAGCGGGUUGUAUCAGGACCUGAAGCAGUCCAUGCUUGGAGAGCAGCCGCUGCCUGUCCAGUGGGGUUUGUUUGAUGUUGUUGUGAUCGUUGGAGCACUGAGUGUUGGUCAGGUGCCGGUUGGUGUGGUUAGAGAGUUGUGCAAGUCCACCAAACCAGGUGGAUACGUUUGCAUGACAACCAGAAGUAACCAUGACAAUGUGGAAUACAAAGCCGCCCUGGACCGUGAAAUGAAGCAGAUGGAGGAAGAGGGGCUCUGGACUUGUGUAGAGGUCGCUGAGGUGGAUGACUGGGAGAGAGCGGUGUCAGAGCAGGAGGACGGCUACAUAUCUGUCCAAGCCACAGAACUGGUAUCUUUGGGAACUAGACUGACUGCCACUGAGAGCAAAACAAGUGACCUAGAAAAGAAGAAUGCAGACUUGCAGACCAGACUGAGUAGCAGUGAGAGUGAACUUCGCAUUAGCAAGUCCAGGAUUGACCAGCUGGAGAGAGGAAAUGCAGACUUGCAGACCAGACUGAGUAGCAGUGAGAGUGAACUUCUCAUUAGCAAGUCCAGGAUUGACCAGCUGGAGAGACAAAAUGCAGAGAAACCAAAGGUGGCCUUUUACACAGCUCUGACUAAUGCAGGAACUGUAGGACCAUACAACACAGACAUCACACUGAAAUACAGCAAGGUCUUCACCAACAUUGGCAACGGUUACAAUCCAGCUACAGGUUUCUUCAUAGCACCAGUCAAAGGAGUCUACUCUUUCCAGUUCACUAUGUGUGCUCACCGCCCAGGGUAUAUGGGUGUUUUUGUGUACAAGAACAACCAAAACAUUAUGUUUAAUUUGGAGAAGAAAGAAGAAGCGGAUUUUGAGUAUUUGACUAACUCUGUUGUCUUGGAGCUGAAAGCAGGAGAUGAAAUUCAUCUGGUCCUCCCAGCAGGCCAUUCUCUCUUUGACAGUGAAAAUAACCACAACACCUUCAGUGGCUCCCUUCUCUUCCCAUUGUAAGGAUGUUGUUUAGGCUGCUGUGUGAUUGAUUUUUUCACAAACCCUGUUGUUAUUGGCUACACUGGGAUUCUUUAGAAAAUGCUGAUAUAUCUCAACAACAUUCAAUUAAAUCAAAGAUUAAUUGAAAUGUUUGGAUUCUGUUUGUUGUCAUUCAGUGUAAUUUGUUAUUUAUUGAUACAUAUAUUUUCUUUGCCCACUAUAGCUUUAUAUGCCUGUUGUGAAACCUGAGAGCCCAUAGUGAAACUGUGGCCAUGAUCAAUUAUUAUAGGAUAUAGCUAAUAAGUUUAACAAAAGGUCCCACAUCCUAGCUCAUCUCUGCUGCUUGUAUCACAUAUCCAUAUACCUCAUUUAUUGGCUCCUCCUCCUGGCCUGGAGUUUCCCCAUCACUUUAAACUGAGGAGAAAUUUUAAUUCUAUAAUAUUUUAGUGAUAUGAAAUAACAGGCCAUGAAGGUAAUUAUAUAUCUCAAGAGGCAGAAACCAAAAUAACUUAAUUUUGGUGCAAACCCUCAAUAUGAGGAUGGCUCAAAUGCAUACCUCCAGGUUCCUCAUCACAUAAGGGGCCUGGUCUGCUCCACAAGAAUACCCUUUGUCCAAAUAAGACAUUAUCAGUGAUGGUCACUAUAGUGAAACCUGGCUCACAAAUAUGGUUUUAAAUGCAGACAACAGGGAAUUAUUACCCCUUAUCUGCAAAAAGUGAGGUACCUGUUGGCAAAUCUAUCUCCUCGGAGCUUCUUAUCACAAUAAAAAACAAAAAAACUAUUAGUAAGCAAUCAAAGACAUAGUCAGCACAUGGCAGACACCCACAAUAUACAGUGCAAAAUAGUACACAGCACCAUUCUGCAGUGCUUGUAAAGUACAAAGAUUCAAUAUGAGAAACUGAUGUUAGUAUGAGGGUACAGAUGCAAUACAGCACAGAACCAUAGACAAUAAUUUCUACUAUGCAGCAAACUAUAGUACUGCUAUGAUUACUAAGACUUUAAUGUGCAAGAUUUGUUGGUAAGAGUGUGAGUGUGUGUGUUUUCCCCUUAGCUGUAUGGAAUUCUGCCUUACCUGUUUUGGUGACUGACUGAGUGAAAAGUUUUCACUAUAAUCUGCACUCCUGCCUGUAUUCAUAUAUACAUACUGUACUACUGAUUAAAUGCAUUGAUUUGUCAUUGA